AUGAGGCAAGAAGCGCACAGGACUGAAUCGGAGCGCCCUUGGGGCUUCACUGCUAAUGGUCGCUCUGCGGCCGGCGGCUGGGGCUCCUGGCUGGGGCAUGCGGGGCUCGGUCGCAGUCGAGAGCUAUACGGCGCUCCUCAUCUUGUAGGGGUGGAGGGACAGGUGGCCGCGGCGAUGCCUCCCGCCAGACUGAGCCACGACGUAUGUCCUUGGGCCUCGCGCAUGCGUUCA